AUGGCUCCUGGAGGUUCCCGAGGGUUCAACUGCUCGUGGGAGAGAUGCGGGAAGUCGUUCAAUCGCAAAUCCGAUUUGUGCAGGCACUAUCGCAUUCACACAAAUGAACGCCCAUAUCAUUGCACCGUGCCUAGUUGCAACAAGAGCUUCAUCCAGCGCAGUGCCCUAACAGUCCACUCGAGGACUCAUACCGGCGAAAAGCCCCAUGUCUGCGACCAUGAAGACUGCCGCAAGGCCUUUUCUGACUCAUCGAGUUUGGCGCGCCAUCGUCGUAUACAUACCGGCAGACGUCCCUACAUUUGCUCCGAGCCAGCUUGCGACAGAAGCUUCUGCCGGAAAACAACCUUGACAAAACAUCAAAGUCGUACUCAUCAACCAGGUGGAAACACACGCCCAUCCUCGGAAGAGGCACCCACUCCAGAAAGCAUGACCUACCAAACACCUGUGAUUACAACAAUGGCUCCUAAUACUACUCAAUACAUCAUUGCGCAACAACCCUACUACCACAAUGGACCUACACCAACUACUGCCGACUUCUACCAGACCCCACAGCCGGCUAUACAUUUCACUCAACCACAGGCAAUGGUGCCUCAGCAGAUUCCCACUGCUGGUCUUCCAACACCGCCUUUUGAGCCCCAACACUAUGCGCAGAUAAUGCAACAACAGCAACAACCCAGAUACGACCCUACUCCUCACCAGACUUACAUUCAACCGCAAUAUCAAUCACCAACUCCGCCAUUUGUCGCACAACAUCAACACCACAUGGCCGCGGAUGUUCGCCCUCUAAUGGCCACAUAUCAUCCUGACCAAUUCAAACCCCCUGCUCGAAUCUUGAGCUCACAGGAAGGUACGGACUGGUCGUUCCUCGGAUGCCUUGACAGGUGCAGUCCCGGGCCUGGAACACAGGAAUACGCAAUUCCUUUUUCGGUCGAUGAGAAACAGCCACUUCUAGGACUGUCCUAA